GAUAAAUAUAUGUUACUAAUUUGGAGCGUCUUUUUUCCGUAAGGAAGAGAUGGCCAUCCUAAUAUUUGUGCUGCUGUUCAUUUGCUGCAAACCAUGUGUCUGCUGUCCAAAUGGUGAAAGAAAUCAUUCGUUCUUUUACAUGUCAAUUGAUUUUAAUGGGGAAUCGGAAAAUUCCAUCGAACCCAACACUUCAUGUAUAUGUGAAAAUAGAACCUGUUCACGUCCCUGCGGAAGUUCUUGUUCGUACUUGAAUAAAGUAUACAGAGUAACGUCAAACGAAGAUGUGUAUGUGACCCUGGGAAAUACCACUGUCAAGGAGAUGUUCCAUGCUCUGAACGACGAUCAUUUGGGAACAGAGUAUGUUGCGUCCGUGUAUAUUGACGUCACAGGUCAAAGUUUUCUGGGAGUGGGUAACCCGUCUGACUCUGUCGUCACGGUGGAUAUUACGUUACCGGAAGUUAACAGUUACUCUCUGACAGAAUGUAGCAAUAAAACCAUAACAUUUAGUCUUCAAAGUCUCGAAGCAAAGACAUUGGAUUUUCUGUGUGAUAUUACCGGGGCAUACAUCAACUCUACAGGUAACAUCAUAGCUUACGUGGCAAGCUUCUCCUUGAUGGGACCAAGUAUGGGUCCUGAUCUUCAAUUCAUGGUGGAACAGCUAAUUCCAAUCAACCAUCUUGGGAAUUUCUAUAUCGUGGUGCCUUAUGGGAAAAAUACAUAUGGUGAUGUUAUUUCUCUAGUUACCACACAAGAUGAUACAUUUGUUCAUAUCUCUGGAUACGAUUACGGUACAUUACCGAAUCGUUUUGACAACAUUCGAAGAAGAUUAGAAGGAAAGAAACCGGUUACCGUCAGAUCAUCUAAACCCGUUUCUGUAACACAAUUUGCACUGAAUGCUACCAACAAAAGCGUUAUGGUUAUCAAUGUUCCAGCGACUUUUAACACUGACGUCGGUUCCCUCAUGAACGAACAGGACGUCGUUUAUAACUUUAUGAAUAACACAAAAACGGCAUCAGAGGACGACAACGCCCCUCUUACAUAUUUCUACGCUAACAGAGCAAGGGACAAACCGAAUACAAAUGCAUUUGCCUGUACCAUAUACAAAGUCGAAGGAUACGAUUUCGGUGGUUCAUUCUGUGGAUUUUUACCAAGUGAACACAUUAAUUACCGUCAAUUGCCUCUAAUGUCACCGGGGGAUGGAAUAGACAACGACAUGGAUGGGGAAAUCGAUGAAGACGAUUGCUGUAAGUGAAAAUUAUACUAGGUAGUACUUUUGAAAAAAACGAACAGGUAUGUUUCAUGUCAUUUUGUAUGAUGGUCUGAAAUAAACAUUGUGAAAUGCCAGGGUAAUAUUGAUUUCUUAAGAAAACUCUCAAUAUCAUAGAAUCAUUGACAUUUUGAGGUCAACACGAUCCUCUAUCUACCUAAAUAUAAUAAUCAUCGAGCCCAGAGGAGGAUAGUUUGGGGACGAGUGGGUGGUAGUUAUAUGGUGGUAGUAAUAUUAUUUACCAGGUCAUAGAACUUUAAUCUCAUAUGGGAA